AUGAAGACCACCACCUUCGCUGUCGCCCUCCUGGGCCUCUUCCCCGCCGUCAUGGCCGCUGAGUCUCUGGCUCCUUCCCCUACCGAGUCCGUCGGUUGCGAGCCUCAUGGCGACCACUGGCACUGCGAGGCCGCCCGCACCACUCUCGCUACCGCCAAGGCUCCCGCUACCACCGACGAGGAGGAUCACGAUGAUCAUGACCACGAGGCCGGUGAGAGCGAGGCCCUUGCUCCCUCUCCCACCGAGUCCGUCGGCUGUGAGCCCCACGGUGACCACUGGCACUGCGAGGCUGCCCGCACCUCCGUCGCCGAGGUCGACGCCAAGACCACUACUUUCGACCACGCCGCCGGUGCUACCGAGUCUCUGGCCCCCUCUCCCACCGAGUCUGUCGGUUGUGAGCCCCAUGGUGACCACUGGCACUGCGAGGCUGCUCGCACCUCUGGUGGUGCUGCCGCCGACGCUGCGACUUCCGAGUCCGUCGCUGCUGCUACCACCGAGGAGCACGACCACUCCGCUGGAGCUACCGAGUCUCUGGCCCCCUCUCCCACCGAGUCCGUCGGCUGCGAGCCCCAUGGCGACCACUGGCACUGCGAGGGUCCCGCCACCGGCGCUGCCUCUGGUACUCCCACCUCUUCCCCCGAGGUCACCGUCACCAACGCCGCCGGCAUCCAGAUGGUCCCCGUCGUCGGCCUUUUCGCCGCGGCUGUUCUGGCCCUGUAA